AUGAAUACCAGAGAUCGCUUUAGAGCGAUCAAGUUCCCUAGACCUACUGACAAUCUUUUGACACCGCAAAGGCAAAAUUUCACCCAGCCUGAGUGGGUAAAAACAGUCAACAACAUUUAUAACCUUGAAGACAGUGACAGCAGCGACAAUGUCGACAACGGGGACCCCGCCGCCAGUGUCUACGAGUUCUCACCUGUCAAAUUAUCGGGUGGGAAUGACUUCGAAUCUCUCGCCACUGUCCUGCAAGGAUGCUCUUUAGUCAGCCUAGAUGAGCUCUUCGCCUCCGCCGUGAUCCGAUACCUCGACCACGAAAAAAUCAAUGAACAUGCGCUCGAAGAGCUCAAGUUUUGGCCUGUCAAAAGCAUAUUUGAUUGCCUUGAGCAAAAAGCGCCCGUCCUUCUGGUCAACCAAGCUGAUCGUCACAGACUUCGGUUGCUCGAAGCAGUUGAUUCAACCAAAUAUAUCAUCAUCUGCCGAGGCGAGAUCCCGGAAAAAGGGCGCUUGGUGCUUCUGCGUGUCUCGGACGGUCAUGUGCACGUCGCAUCGUUCAUGAGAUCUUCUGUCGGAUUGCCAUUACGGCAACAAGACGUUCGAGAUGACCACCAUUGA